CGCCUGCACACAAAGUGAAAAACAAGUCUGUUUUGAACUGCCUUCAGUUUCCUCUGCCUACCAACGCAUAUGGAACGUAUCAACAGCUUAAACAAGCUUUAUUUUUGGAAAAAUUCUGAUAUUUUUAUAUCAGACAAACAUGACCUUGUCAGAAACAGGAGAAUACAACACUGGGGCUUCCCACAGUCUUGUCAAUUUGGGAAAUCCACACAAAGAGAGGGAAAAUCAAAGAACCUGCAAAUCAGAGCCAUUUCUUAAACCAAAAAUGUCCCUAAGCAGGGUGAUUAUGCAGAAGGUUUUGACAUGUAUACACAAAUCUAAGAUCCAAAAAUCUCCCAAAGAGGAGAAAACUCUUGUGCUAAAGGAUUCAAACAAACUGGGGAUCAUCACAGACAACAACAAACAAAACCUACCACAGAAAAACCAAAACAAAUCUGAGCAGUGUGUUAGAAGUCAACAGGAGUCUGUAAAUGCAGGUGGUUUGCGUAUUCCCAGGAAAGUGUGGGAAAACCUCACAAGACCAUCAGCCAAAGUGAUUCUGGAUCCAAACACUGCAAAUCCCACUCUCAAGCUGUCUGAGGAUGGGCGCUCUGUAAGAACAAAGACCCACAAAGAGUUUCAUUCCAGCCAGAGCAUCUAUGAAUAUCACAGAAAAAGUGCACAACAGUAUAAUGGUUGGAUGUGUGUCCAAGCUAAAGAGGGCUACAGCACAGGCAGGCAUUACUGGGAAGUAGAUUUAAAAGGUAAAUGUGAUUGGAGAGUAGGAGUAGUGAAAGAGUCAGCUCCACGUUCUGGCUUUAUUAAUCUAAACACAGCAACAGGGUAUUGGACUCUGCGUCUGCAGUUAGGUUCUCUCAUAGCUCUGACUGAACCAAUCACCAAACUCAAUCAGGCACCACCUGCUAAGUUAGGUGUGCAUCUAGAUGUGGAAAAAGGUCAGGUUUCAUUCUAUGAUGCGAUGAGAAGGAAAAAUAUUUACACAUUUAAUACAGAAUUCAGGAAUUGUGGGAAGAUUUACCCUGUGUUUGGAACCGUGGAGACAGAUAAACCCCUAAAGAUUAUCUAAACAUGACAUUUAAUUGGUCUUUAUGUUGAUUAAAUGAUAUCAUAGCGAUAAUAAGCACAGAGUUUAAAUUUCCUGUUUUUAAUUGAAUUUUGCCCGUAAUAUUCACAUUUCCAUGAUGUAGUGUAAUGUUAUGUUUAUGGCCAUAGUUGGCUUUUUACAACAAACCGGUGAUUUUAAACUUCUUUUGGAUGAGUUUUAUGUAGCAUUAAGCAGACUAAGAAAGGAACAAAUCAAAUCUUUAUUUUUGUACAUUUAUUUUUUAGUCGUGGAAAAUUUUUGUAUGUACUUUAUGUUUCUGUUUUUUGUAUGUAUUUCUAUUUCCAUUAAAUUCUAUACUUGUGUGAUAAAGUG